AUGUCUCGCCGCCGUCCCCUCCUUCUGCUAGUACCACUGCUACUGGUGGUGGUUGGACUAGCUAGCGCCAUCUCCAACAUGGAUAUGAUUCACGGCGAGUUCAAGACGAAAGACGGCUCCAAAUGCGCCUGGUACGAGUUGAAAGAGAGUGAGGACAACGUCACGAUAGGUAUAGGCUGUCACUGUCGCACCGAGAGGGGCAGUGGACAGGGCUACACCUGUCACUACUUUGGAGAUCCCACUCAAUGUCAGGCAUACAGCCAAGACCCCAGAAAGUUCUAUACUGAGAUCAUAGAGCACAUUGCAGAGAAUGUGUACAGUGCAUGUGACCAGGAGACAGUGUCACAUGACAGUUGCCCUGACAACGUGUAUACAAGGGCGGAGCACUCGCCUCCAGAGGUUCCUUGUUUUCCUCACAAGAAAGAGAGAUAUGAACUUUGAACUAAAAAACUAUAAUACAGAUAUAUACUAUGUGAUGAUGGUUCUACAACAUAAAUGUGGAUAUAUUAUACCGCACAUCGACAUUUUAUGCAUCAAAAUUUAAACAGGUGAAUAUCACAUACAUAAUAAUGGCAACAGCCACAUUUGACAGCGGCAAUGUCAGCGUGGCAACAAAAUGUGAAAUAAUUUCCCUGUAAUAAUGAUCUGCUUGCUAAUGAUGACGGUUCUAAGACAUUACGUGAUUGAUGUGCUAAAAAUACAAAAACUGGUGACAUAUGGUGUCACAUGACAGUCACAUGACUUAUCUUCUGGUGGGUGUGGCUGAAAAGGCAGCCAAUGAAACUGAACUGACACAGUACAUAAGUACAAACAGUACUAUAUAGAAGAGCUAUAUAAAAGAUAUGUAGUAUUAGAGUAACACUGUUUUGGAGUUUAACGAGCAUUCCAGGGGGUGGUGGGUGGAGCACGGGUGUGGUUCUUGGAAUGAUGUAACGAGGGGGCGUGGCUAGGCUUUGGGCGGUGCCUCUGGAUGGUGAUGUAUUCGUCGGGGUUGUCACGGGAACAGUAGAGGUCUUCUAAUUGGUUGAUAGCUUGCUGUUCAAUCUGAAUGCAUGGAAGUGGCUUCCUGGCCUGCCCACUGUGGGAGUCCAGUUCCCUCUGUUGUGAGAGAAUGAUGUCAGCAAACGACACUGGAGGCUGAGCUGACUGGGGGACCGAUGGCCGUCUUCUGAGAGAAGGGUGUGGUCCAUGAGAGGAAGGGUGUGGCCCAUGAGAUGAAGGGUGUGUGGAGGAGGAAGAGAAGGGGGGAGGAUGGCUCUUCUUCUUCAUCUCCUGA